AUGUCUCAAAAAACUCAUAAUGACUUAGAUAUUACCAGCAAUAGUAGAGAUAUGACUCUUGUUUUAAAAGCUAGUAAGAAUAUUAAUUUUAAAGAUGAUAUCAUUAUUGUUGACAAUGAAGAUAUAGAUUUUAAUUUUGUCAAUAAUGAGAAUAUUGGCUUUACUUUUGAUGACAGUAGUGAUAUAAGUUUUACUUCUGAUAAUGAUAAAAAUACAAAUAUUAAUAGUGAUGAUAUAAACUCUACUAUUAAUUCAAGUAAUAAGGAUAUAUCUGUUAAAUAUAAUAAGAAAAAAAAUGAAGAUCAAGAAGUAGUUGCAAUUGUUUGUAAUAUUUGCAAGAAGAAAUGGAAACCAGGUAACACAACUAGAACUUUUGCAAUUCACCUUAUUAAUAAACAUCAUAGAAAUAUUUCUCUGAAACAGCAGAUACUCUUAUGUUUUGUAACUAUACUAUAUAUACCAAAAGAAACAAAACAAACAAAUGAAAUUACUAAAACAAUA